GGCGAGCCUCCUGAGUGGCUGCUGGUGGAGCUGCAGGGGGAGAUGGUGUCGCGACACAACGCUGGUCUGGCGGGGAACGUGAUGGGAGACCUGCUCUACACCCAGCAGGGGGUGCCGGUGCUCAUCAUAGGACAUCACAUUCUCUACGGGAAGAUGGUCAAACUGGACAAACCGUUCGCUGUCCUCACCAAACAUCCAGGACACUCGCAGGAUGCCGACGAUGAUGUCACUCAGGUAGCCAUGGAAACGGACCAGCAUGGACCCGCCUCCACCUCUUACUCUGUGUCUGCUCUCAUCAAACGCAAACUGAUCUUUAAAACCCGACCCAAACCCAUCAUCACCAACGUGCCCAAGAAGGUGUAGGAGGGGGGUCUGCUCCGAAGGACCACCUGGUCUGACCUGGUCUGACCUGGUCUGACCCGGUCUGACCUGGUCUGACCUGGUCUGACCCAGUCUGACCUGGUCUGACCCGGUCUGACCUGGUCUGACCCGGUCUGACCUGGUCUGAGGCUGUUCGGGUCAUUGGACUCAUCACUGACUGUUCAAAACACUGCUUUUGUCUGUUUGUGUGUUUGAUGGUUUAUCUGUUUGUUUGUUUA